AUGGCCACCACGAAAGAAACAUCCAUUCCGGCGCAAACGCGCGUCCCCGACUGGGAGCACGAAGCGCAAGCGCACACCACCACCAAGAGACCGGGGUUUACCACGAUCCUUACGUCCAGAUUCAAUGCCUUUUUCCCACCCCAUCGAACCUACCUCGGCCUCUCCCGCCGCGUCUUCCUCCUCAUCCUCACCGCCGUAUUCUUGCUACUCUUCACCCUCGUCAUCGGCCUCGCCGUAGGCCUAACCCUCAGAUCCAGCAGCACUCGGAACCUGCCCCUCCCCGGCAACGCUGAAGUCCACACCGGCGACCUCACAUACUACGACACGGGUCUCGGCGCCUGCGGUCUGACUUCCUCGGCCAGCGACGACGUUGUCUCGAUCAGCCACUUCGUGUUCGAUGCGGUGCAGGUGGGUGGGAAUCCGAAUAGUAAUCCGCUCUGUGGACGGAGGAUCAGGGCGAGGAGGUGGCACGAGGGGGAGAAGGGGGAGAGGAGCUUGGAUUUAAGAGUCGUGGAUCGGUGCACGGGGUGUCAGCCGCAGGAUAUCGAUGUCAGUUAUGGGGCUUUUGAUAAGCUGGCUGUGAGGGAUCAUGGGAGGGUGGUGGUGGAGUGGGCGUGGCUGGAGAGUUGA